AUGGGAAUGAUCGGGUUUGUUGUAGCCUUCAAGUAUGUUUUGAUCGACUGCAAGAAUCAGGAUCAGUCGUUCACAAUCGUUCGCGGGUAUGCAUGGGCUGAAUACCAUGACGACAUCUAUCAGGACGUGCACGCAAAGCUGAAGCAAUCUGGGAAAAUCACAGAAUCCGAGUGUGUUGGGGGAGGAAGAAUACAACAUGACGCGUCUUCGAAGCAUCUCAAGGUCUACGGUUACUCGCAAGCAUAUGGACGCGCAGAUCAUGCCAAGUCAGUGGAGCUUCUUCGAGCAAGGUGA